AUGGCGGAGCAAUGGGAGCUGGACGAAGAGGGUCUCCGCCGCCUGGGGGCGCUGAGCCUGGAGCAGCCGGAACUGGUGGAGUCUCUUUCAUUGCAGGGAUCUUAUGCUGGAAAAAUUCAUUCCAUUGGUGAUGCUUUUAGAAAUUUUAAAAACCUUCGAUCCUUAGACUUGUCAAGAAAUCUGAUCACUAGCCUGAAGGGGAUCCAGUAUUUAUGUUCACUUCAAGAGCUGAAUUUAUAUUAUAACAACAUUCCUUCACUAGUGGAAGUAUCCCGCCUCCAGCCUUUACCCUUCCUCAAAGAACUAGACUUGAGGCUCAAUCCUGUUGUCAGGAAAGAUACAGAUUAUAGGCUCUUUGCCGUAUACACGCUACAAACUCUGGAGAAACUGGAUGAUCGGACUGUACGGGAAAGUGAAAGGAAAGCUGCCAAACUACAUUUUAGUCAGUUGGGCAACAGUGAAAAUUUUCUUUUAGAAGUGGAAAAAAGUAGCUCUCGGGAGAAGAAAAUGAAUAACUGUGUGACCGAGGAUAGCUCUACAGCAAAAGUUAAUAUUGAUGUGGAGAAUAGAAUUGAAACCGACUCAAACAAAGGACUUUUUAUUCCCUUUCCCAACCGGGAAAUAAAGGAUUCCCUAACGAGUAUUUCUGCAACCCAAGGCAACAGUAUACCAGAGCAGAAAUUAGACACUUUCUCAUCAGGGACACAGAUACAGGAAUUGGCAAGAAGGGAAAUGCCAACUGAGAAUUCCCAGGAAGAUGAAUUCAGACACUACUCACCUCGUCAAUCCACUGUCCGGUCUCCAGAAAAAAUGACUAGAGAAGGGUACCGAAUGUCUUUUUUGGACAAAUCUUCAGGUUCUUCUCCGGAAAGGGACUUGGUACCAAAACCUGAUACUUAUCAACUCACUCAGGAAGCCUCAUUGGGUAAACGCCUGGAUGUAGGAGAUUCUACCCAGACUCAUCCCUAUCAGUUACCUUUGGAGGCUGGUCUUGAAAAUUAUGAUAGUCAUUAUUCUCAAACUCUAUCUCUGCAUGGAAGUCUCAGUCAGAGGCCUCCAAGAAGCAAGAAUUACCGAGAAUAUAGUGUAAAGCCCUCCAAUGAUGUAAAGGUCACCACCUCCCAUUCCUGUGGAGACUUUCUAACCUCGUUGUCAAACCCUGACUCCAGCGCCAACAGGCUUCUGAAGCUCAGUUCAGAUCUGUAUGCCACAACUCAUUUCAACAGUGACCCUGCUUUGCUAGCCAAUGUCGAGCAACAAUCGUCCUCCAACAUCAGUGAUGUUACACCGGCGUCAGGUUCCUUCUCAAACUCCAACCUGGGAGACUCUCUGCGGACCCUGAUCUUACCUUCUGGGUCUUCAGAGAGCAGAGAGAAUUUAACCAAGCGUUCAUUGAGCCCUUCAAAGAGAGGAUUUAAAAGGAAGGACAUCCUGACCACCCUGACUCCAAAGCAAGGCUUCAGAGAUGCAGCUGGCAGUGAGCCUCUCUCUAGUGACCUGGGCAGUUUGCACGGUUUGCCAGGAAACCACAGUUUUCUGGUCUCUGCCAGAACCUCCCAUGUGGCCACAGUCCUCAGGCAGCUCGUGGAGCUUGUGGAGAAGCACUGGAACAGCUCCAGCUCCCUCCUCCUCAACAAGAAGUUUCUCGGUCCUGCCCGAGAUCUGCUUCUGACUUUGGUAGUCCCUGCUCCUUCUCAGCAGCGGUGCCACUCACAUCCUGAAGAAACUUCCAAAGCCUUGCACAGGAGGGAACUAGACUCGAAGGAGGCUGGGCAGCUGGUCCCUAACGACAUGGAAAGUCUGAAGCAAAAACUGGUCAAAGUGCUAGAAGAGAACUUCAUUUUGUCAGAAAAAGUCCAGCAGUUGGAGGAAAAUUCUCCCACCUCACUUGUGGGUGGGCACCAGUCCCACAAUUAUGACGACCUUCUACGAAAAAAUCAGCAGCUGAACAUGCAGGUGGUUUCCCUGAGCCAGGAGCUUGCCCAGCUGAGAAAGUUGGAGGAGACAGUGGCUCUUCUUCACGAAAGUCAGAGAUCUCUGGUGGUAACUAAUGAGUAUCUGCUGCAGCAGCUGAAUAAAGAGCAGAAGGGUUAUUCCGGGAAAUUUCUGCUGCCUCCAGAGAAGAGCCAUCAUCUGGGGAGAUCGUCACCCUUUGGGAAAAGAGUGCUGUCCUCCUCCUCUCCAAUGACACACGACACGGGUCAGUAUCUAAUACAGAGUGUCUCAAACUCUGUCCCAGAGCCUGGUAUAUGGAGCUAG